UUAACUAUAUUUUUUAUUUAAAAAAAAACAAAAAAAAAGAUUUGAAUAAGAUUUGAAUGAUUUUGAAGUAGCGCGCGUAAAAUCAACUAUAGUCGAAUCAUAACCUAAUUCAUGAUUUCAAAUUGAUCGAAGAAAGUAACAAUGAGAACAAUGUCUGGUUUAAUAAAUCUUUUUUCCUUAAGAUGUACAAGUCAAGCUUUUAAAACUACAUCGUUUAAACAUUUACGAUCUUUUAAGCAAUAUUAUCCACAAAUUAGAACUAUAAAUAUUACACCUUUAUAUAACUCUAAUGAAAUAGAUUCAUUAUCAAAUAAUAAAAAAGAAUCAGCCAAAAAAAGUUUUAUUACAUGGAAAAGUGUAGUAGUUACAACUAUAAUAGGCACAUCUCUUUUAAUGUAUAUGUAUUAUCUUCAAGAAAUAAAAGAUAAACAAAUAGAACGUGAAAGAAGACGUCAAUUAGGAAAAGCAGCAAUUGGUGGAAAAUUUGAGUUGAUUGAUUCUCAAGGAAAAAUUUGGAAGUCAGAUGACUUUUUAGGACAAUGGGUUCUAAUAUAUUUUGGCUUUACACAUUGCCCUGAUAUAUGUCCAGAUGAACUUGAAAAAAUGACAGAAAUUGUCAAUAAAUUAGAGAAGCAACAUAAUACAAAAGUUCAACCUAUAUUUAUUUCUGUGGAUCCUGAAAGAGAUACACCAGAAGUUGUAGGCAAAUAUAUUAAAGAAUUUUCUGACAAAAUUCUUGGUCUUACUGGAACUAAAGAACAAAUUGCUAAAGUAUGUAAAGCUUAUAGAGUAUACUAUAGCAAUGGACCUAAAGAUCAAGAUUCCGAUUAUAUUGUUGAUCAUACAAUAAUCAUAUAUCUUAUUGAUCCUGAUGGCUUAUUCGUAGAUUAUUAUGGUUUAACUCAUACUGCUGAACAAAUUGUACAUAGUGUAUGUAUAAACAAGAUAAAAUAUGAAAAAUUAAAAUCAGAUACUUGGAUUCCAUCAAUACCAUUUAAAAAUCCAUUAUCAAUAUAAUUUAUAUGCUAUAUAUAUAAUAUAUAUUAUUAAUUAAAUUUCAAAGAUGUUUAAGUAUUAAAUUUUCAUAAAUAAUAAAUUAAAGAAUU